AAGUGGAUGCGCACUGGCUUCCGGGCCCGGGCGCCAUUUCUAGCGGUUGCGGAUUCUCACGUGUGGUAAUCUGCCCUGACAAUGAGCUAUGACUACCAUCAGAGCUGGAGCCGCGAUGGCUGUCCCCGCAACUCCGGCGGGGGCUUUGGAGGGAGUCGUGGAGGGGGCUACGGAGGGAGCCGAGGUUUUGGCGGCGGCGGAGGGGGUGGUCGAGGCGGCCGGGGCCGGCAUCCCGGGCACCUGAAAGGCCGCCAGAUCGGCUUGUGGUACGCGAGGUUGCAGGAGCAGAAGAACAAGGAGGCAGAGAGGCAGGAGAGAGCUGUAGUACACAUGGAUGAACAUCGAGAAGAACAAAUUGUGCAGCUGCUGAAUUCUGUCCAAGCUAAGAAUGAUAAAGAUUCAGAAGCACAGAUAUCCUGGUUUGCUCCUGAGGAUCAUGGAUAUGGUACUGAAGUCCCUGCUGAGAACAGACCAAGCACAGAGAAGAAACUUGAGGGCCAGGAAAAGAAAUUGAUAAACCAAGAAAAAAGGACCUUUAGAAGCAGAGACAAAUCAUACACAGACCGAGAUUCUGAGUACCUCCUGCAAGAAAAUGAGCCAGAUGUAACCUUAGACCAACAACUACUGGAAGAUUUACAACGGAAGAAAACUGACCCUCGGUAUAUUGAAAUGCAGCAUUUCCGGGAAAAGCUGCCUUCAUAUGGAAUGCAAAAGGAGUUGGUGAAUCUGAUUGCUAAUCACCAGGUGACAGUAAUAAGCGGUGAAACUGGUUGUGGAAAAACCACUCAGGUCACUCAGUUCAUUUUGGAUGAUUAUAUCGAACGAGGAAAAGGAUCUGCGUGCAGGAUCGUGUGUACUCAGCCAAGAAGGAUCAGUGCCAUCUCAGUUGCAGAGCGAGUGGCUGCAGAAAGGGCAGAGGCUUGUGGCGGCGGUAACAGUACUGGAUACCAGAUUCGUCUCCAGAGUCGGCUGCCAAGGAAGCAGGGCUCUAUCUUAUACUGUACAACAGGGAUCAUCCUUCAGUGGCUGCAGUCAGACCCGCAUUUAUCCAGUGUCAGUCACAUCGUCCUGGAUGAAAUCCACGAGAGAAAUCUACAGUCAGAUGUCUUCAUGACGAUUAUUAAAGAUCUUCUCACGUCUCGACCUGACCUGAAGGUGGUACUGAUGAGUGCCACACUGAAUGCUGAGAAAUUUUCAGAAUAUUUUGGUGACUGUCCAAUCAUACAUAUACCUGGUUUUACUUUUCCGGUUGUGGAGUAUCUUUUGGAAGAUAUAAUUGAAAAGAUAAGAUAUGUUCCAGAACAAAAAGAAUACAGAUCCCCGUUUAAGAGGGGUUUCAUGCAAGGGCACGUAAAUAGACAGGAAAAAGAAGCCAAAGAAGCCAUCUAUGAAGAACGCUGGGCAGGUUACGUAAGGGAACUGCGAAGAAGGUAUUCUGCAAGGACUGUAAAUGUUUUACAAAUGAUGGAUGAUGAUAAAGUUGAUCUGAACUUGAUUGCUGCCCUUAUCCGAUACAUUGUUUUGGAAGAAGAGGAUGGUGCAAUACUGGUGUUUCUGCCAGGCUGGGACAAUAUCAGCAGUUUACACGAUCUCUUGAUGUCACAAGUGAUGUUUCAGUCAGAUAAGUUUCUUAUUAUACCUUUACAUUCGCUGAUGCCUACAGUUAACCAGACACAGGUGUUUAAGAAAACCCCUCCUGGUGUUCGGAAAAUAGUGAUUGCUACCAACAUUGCGGAGACUAGCAUUACCAUAGAUGACGUAGUUUAUGUGAUAGAUGGAGGGAAAAUAAAAGAGACGCACUUUGACACUCAGAACAACAUCAGCACCAUGUCGGCUGAGUGGGUCAGUAAAGCCAACGCCAAACAGAGGAAGGGCCGGGCUGGCAGAGUUCAACCUGGUCAUUGCUAUCAUCUCUACAAUGGUCUCAGAGCAAGCCUACUAGAUGACUAUCAACUGCCAGAAAUUUUGAGAACUCCUUUGGAAGAAUUAUGUUUACAAAUAAAGAUUUUAAAGCUAGGUGGAAUUGCUUAUUUUCUGGGGAGAUUAAUGGAUCCACCAUCAAGUGAGGCAGUGUGGCUCUCCAUAAAACACCUGAUGGAACUGAAUGCUUUGGAUAAACAAGAAGAGUUGACACCUCUUGGAGUCCACUUAGCACGAUUACCGGUUGAGCCACAUAUUGGCAAAAUGAUUCUCUUUGGAGCUCUGUUCUGUUGCUUAGACCCAGUACUCACUAUUGCUGCUAGUCUCAGCUUCAAAGAUCCCUUUGUCAUUCCGUUGGGAAAGGAAAAGAUCGCAGAUGCAAGAAGAAAAGAAUUGGCAAAGGAUUCUAGAAGUGACCACCUGACAGUCGUGAAUGCAUUUAAGGGCUGGGAAGAAGCUAGGCAACGUGGUUUCAGAUAUGAAAAGGACUAUUGCUGGGAAUAUUUUCUGUCUUCAAACACCCUGCAGAUGCUGCACAACAUGAAGGGGCAGUUUGCCGAGCACCUCCUUGGAGCGGGAUUUGUAAGCAGUAGGGAUCCUCAGGACCCAGAGUCUAACGUAAAUUCAGAUAAUGAGAAGAUAAUUAAAGCUGUUAUCUGUGCUGGUUUAUACCCCAAAGUUGCUAAAAUCCGACCAAAUUUGGGUAAAAAAAGAAAAAUGGUUAAAGUGUAUACAAAAAGUGAUGGAUUAGUUUCCAUUCAUCCUAAAUCUGUUAAUGUGGAACAGACAGACUUUCGCUACAACUGGCUUAUCUAUCAUCUGAAGAUGAGAACAAGCAGCAUAUACUUGUAUGACUGCACAGAGGUUUCCCCGUAUUGUCUGUUGUUCUUUGGAGGUGAUAUUUCCAUCCAGAAGGAUGAUGAUCAAGAAACUAUUGCUGUAGAUGAAUGGAUUAUCUUUCAGUCUCCAGCAAGAAUUGCCCAUCUUGUUAAGGAAUUAAGAAGGGAACUGGAUGUCCUUCUGCAAGAGAAGAUCGAAAGUCCGUGUCCUGUAGACUGGAAGGACACUGCGUGCAGAGACUGUGCAGUGCUAUCUGCCAUCAUAGACUUGAUCAAAACGCAGGAAAAGGCAAUGCCCAGGAAGUUUCCACCACGCUGCCGGGAUGAGUGUUUCAGCUGACAGCUUUUCUGUGGUGGUCUGAAAAGGCAGUGUGACAGCCAUUUUCCGUCAUAGCUUUUGUCUAGAUGCUGGGACGUGACUAAUUCUUGUGUCUAAGGUAGAAGUCUUCAGGAGGUACUCCAGACUUAACUGUGCAUGAGUGAACGACUUCCUGAUGUUGAUGGUAGGUAGCGACUGUAAAUACACCGUGCGAUGUGGUAUAGCCUCUGAUCGUAGACUCUGUUUUGGUCAUGUCCACACCUGGGGAGUACUGCUGUACAGGUCGAGUGGUGUACAACUUGAGAAAUUCCUUUGUUCUGUUAUGAAAUAUUAAUCUUUCUGACCACAGUGUCUUACUAUAGAACCGGUAAAAAUAGGAUGGUUAGCCAAAAGCGGUGUCAAGUAAGAAUUUGAACACAAUCCCAUUUUUUUAAAAAUGAAACUUGUAUCAGAAGUAAAUUAAUUUGUUGUAAUAAAGCCCAGUAUUUAAUAAAAUGUACAGUGUGUAACUCUGAGUUAACUUCUUGGUUUGGUUUUUACAGUCCACUUAUUCGUUGUUCAUUUGAUGUUUUUUCCGUUUUUAGAAUACGCACACACUCCGUUCACAUCACCGUGUGCAGUGUAAUGUAGCAGUUAAGAGCAUGGUCUGGAGUCUGACUACCUAGAUUCAGAUUUCAUCUCUGUCACUACUAGAUGUCUUGGGCAAGUUACUUAGCCUCUCUGUGCCUCCUUAAAAUUCUUCGUCUGUAAUGUAGGGGUAACAGUUGUGAAGAUUAAAUGUGUUAAUACAUGUAAAGCAGAUAGAAUAGUGCCUGGAAUAGAGAAUGUACUCACUGAAUCUUGGCUAUUAUUUGGUCCCUGACUUUUUUUUUAAUGUACAGCGAUCCAUCUUACCAUACUUUUUUCUAUGCUCUGAAUGCUAUUGUACUCCGUCUGCCAAUGGAAUCUAGUGGGAUUGUCAGCACGUACUGUCUGCUUCCUGCCCUGAUGGGGCAGAUACUGUAGGCUGCUCUUCUGCCCCUCCUUUCUUAUACACUCAUUCACCUUCUGUGCCCAAGGAUGGUGGGUGAAUCAAGAUUGUUCUAAAGCCAGUCAUGGGUGGUCUUAGUUCUCCUGUAAGUUGGUGAGAUGCGAGGAUGUGAACCUGUCCUGACCAAUGGCACCUGGGGAGAAAUCUGCAAGGGGGCCUCAGAGAAAGGUUGUCCUCACUAGUAGAGAGACUUAGACAGGAAACUGCUCUCCUCCUCUGGACAUUGUCCAGUCUGACACUUGGCGCUCCUGCAGCCACCUGUGGUCGCAGGAGAGAGCACCAUGUCCUGAGGUUGGCUUAGUGGAAAGAUGGAAACCACCAGAGUCCUUAAUGCAGGUGAGCCACUGAGGUAACCAGCUCUGGAACUGCCCUGCACCUGGACUGACUUUGCAUAACUUGGGAGAAAGCAUUUCAACUGAAACAUUACCCACCAUUGAGUGCUGUUUGCUCUGCUCUGACCCUAUUUCUGCCAUUUAUUUUGUGACCUAAUAGUUUUGACUCAUAGUGUCUGACUAAAAGGAAAAGUAGUUGUACUGGACUCCAGUUGUACUGCAAAAAGAGCAUACUGCUACACCCUAAAAUAUGCAAAUUUUAUCGUGCCUGCCAGGAAAUGCAAGGAAACAAAAGGAAAAGAGUAUCAUGCGAUGUCUAGGUGUAUUGGUAACGCUAUUUUGACCUGUUAGUCACCCUGGUUCAGUUAACUGCUCCCAUUUCCAGGAAUGUAUGCCACCCGUUGUUGCCCACCAAGGGUUUGGAGGUACUGUGUGUUCCAAGUCCAUUCUCUUGGCUUGCUUCCCAAAAGUGAUCUGUCAUGCACUGAAUUCUUCUUAUUGAGUCAUAUUACGAUACUGUAGUAACAUACUAGUUUGUCCCUAAACUCGAUGACCAUCAGAUAUUGUUUAUUCUAUAUGAGUGUUUACUUUUGUUCUUUUUUCUUGCUUUUAUUAUCCACUUUAAAUUCACAUGGUCUGUUGGCCAAAAUGGUCUUGGAAUAAAGAAUUUAAGGUAUCUUUUGUUUUUUAAUUACUACAUAGUUGGUUCCAUGCCUAUAAGCCAAUACUUACAUUUUAUUUAUAUUUUCCAUAUGAAUGAGAAAGAUGUUCCUGAAGAAUUAUUUAAUACAUGAGGCAUUCAGAGGUUAAAGCAGUUACUGUCACUCUCAAUUUAUUGUAUCUUCUCAGUAGCAGAUCAGGAUGGAAAUUUCAACUGAAGAUACCAUUUGUUUCUUUGUUUACAAAAUAGAACAUUACUGAGUGAAAAAUGCAUUCCAAUCUAAGAACUAUUUGUUCUUUAGUAGUUUUAAUGGAUAAGACACUGAAUUAAAAAGGAGAAUCUAUUUGCCUCACCACUCUGAGACUCCAGAGGGUAACUUUUGGGAAAAACCCUGAAAAACUUAAGUGAAAAAAAAAAAA